AUGAGUUCUUACUUUGUAAACUCGUUCUCAGGACGCUAUCCUAAUGCCCCAGACUAUCAGCUGUUAAAUUAUGGGGCCGGCAGUUCCAUGAACGGAUCUUAUAGAGAUCCAGGCAACAUGCACGCCGGCUCUUACGGGGGAUACAACUACAAUGGAAUGGAUCUGAGCAUCAGCCGAUCAUCCUCCUCCUCCAGCCACUUUGGAGCGGUUGGGGAGAGCUCUCGCGCCUUCCCUGCCCAAGCAGCGCCCGAAAGCAGGUUCAGACAGGCGUCCAGCUGCUCCUUGUCUUCUCCCGAAUCCCUCCCUUGCACCAGUGGCGAAAGCCAUGGAGGCAAGGCAGCCGGGUCCUCCCCUGCCGACCAGGCAGCCUCUGUUGGCGCGGCUAGCGCCACUGCGUUUGCCGAGAUAGACGAGACCAGCGCGUCUUCGGGGCCCGAAGAGAGCGGCUCCCAAGUCAACAGCAACGGCGCCCGAGCUCAGGCAGAGCCGAUCGCCACCUCCACGCCGGCCACGGAAGGACAAAGCCCGCAGAUAUUCCCCUGGAUGCGAAAGCUUCACAUUAGCCACGAUAUGACCGGACCGGAUGGCAAACGAGCCCGAACGGCGUAUACUCGCUACCAGACCUUGGAGCUGGAGAAGGAGUUUCACUUUAACCGCUACCUCACCCGCAGAAGGCGAAUAGAAAUAGCCCACGCUUUGUGUCUCUCCGAAAGACAGAUAAAAAUCUGGUUCCAAAACAGGCGAAUGAAGUGGAAGAAAGAUAACAAACUCAAAAGUAUGAGCUUAGCAUCUGGUGGCAGUGCUUUUCAGCCAUAA